CAUUAGAUUGCAAAUCCGAGAAAGUUUCGUACGGAACCUUUUGCAGUUUUGUACGAAACCACGUUCAGGUUUCGCAUAAAUUGACGAAACUAUUUAAGGUUUCGUAGGUCAUUACAGAACCAUUUAGAGUUUAAUAGGUUUUAGCCAAACCAUUUUAGGUUUCGUAGACCAAAAGGUUUCUACAUUUGAAACGAAUUAGAAACCUCAAGCAGAAAAGGGUUUCGUUAGGAACCAUUUUUUUUUAGAGAGUACAACUCCAAAGCAGAUGACCUUCCUUUUUUUCACGAUCACAUUACGGACACUGUCCAUUAUUGUCUGUAUUGGCUGGUUAGUUGAUUAGGCAAAGUGCUGGAAAAAUUAAUAAAACAAAGAGGCUAAUGCAAAACUUAGACAAAAGAAAUCUCCUUCCGGUGCAUCAAACCGACUUUCUUCCUAGAAAAAAUACAAUGUACAACGUACUCCAUUUAGAAAAUUAUGUGCGAAAAAAUCUUCAACAAAAAAGAUAUUCGCUGUCAUUCUUUUUGACAUUAAGACCGCUUUCGACUCAAUAUAGUAUGAUGGUCUCAUUUAUAAAAUGCAUAAUCUUCGUCUGCCGGAGUAUAUCGUGAAAUGGGUUAUUUCAUUUCUAGAAAACAGAUUGACCUAUAUCGAGCUAGAAAAUUUAUUACCACGACCGUUUACAUUAAAACGAGGUACGCCACAAGGAUAGCACUUCCAGCCACUAUUGUACAUUAUCUCCACAUGCAAUUCAACGAAUGGAAUGCCAGAAAAUGUAGAGUAUGGACCCUGUGCUGAUAAUACUAUUCUCUAGUCAUCUUCAAACGCCAUCACCAUGUUAAACAAACGUCUGCAAGAAGCCACCAAUACUUUUCAACAGUGGUGUAAGUGGAGAUUCAACUAUCAAAAACAGAAUUGCUACACUUCACACCUCAUCCAAAGAAAAAAUAUAAAAACGAAGUUGAUAUGAACGUAGAAAAUGCAGUAGUUCGAGCUCAAACAUCAGCUAGAUACCUAGGUGUGAUCUUUGACAGAAAACUGCAAUGGCGAGCUCACAUUCAACGUGUAGAAACAAAAAUUCACUCAAGAAUAACACUUACGUUUCUUGGCAAGAUCAGCUGGAGAAGAAUUCAAACUAAAAUAAUGAUCAAUCUAUAUAUGUCAAUAAUCAUAACAGUCAUAACAUCUGUGUCACCUGUUCUAUUAACAGGAGAAGAAAAAUUUGGGAAAGACUGCAGGUUGUUCAGAACAAGGCAAUUACGGCAGCAUUAGCUGCUCCAAUGUACACAUCCGUGGACUAUAUACAUCGGAUCAGCAAACUUCGAAAGAUAAAACCAUGCUCAUUCAAACUAGCUCAAAAAGCGUUAAUUAGAGCGCAAUAUUACGAAGACAAGGUUAAUGAUAUCUUAACCAAUUUGUAGGUUUUAAAUCAUAGUUUUUGUGCAUCAUUAUUUUAAUUCUUAUCUGCUUUUGGACAAAAGACUUAGUCAUCAUGUCACAUCGUGCCGUAUAUAUAAACGGUAACCGUAUAAUUUACAGCUCACACCUCAGUAAUUUUGGCAUCGAACCAAAUGUUUUUUGCCGUUAGCACCACAAGACUUUUUCGUACUUAGAAAUGCAAAAAUAAUCUAAGACUCCCAGCGGAACUUUGAAAAUAACCCAUUCAAGGUUAACUGAAUUUUUCCUGUUCGAGUAUGAGUUGACCACAGUCAAAUUAAGGAUGUAUUUGGCGUAAAAUAUUCGGUGUUUCUAACUGAUAUAAGUUAAUCAUUCUUUUAGGAUAGUAGAAAAAACUUCCAUUGAGGGAUUCACGUUUAGAACUUAUGCCUCAGUGCUCAAUAACAAUCAAUGGUCUCAAAACAAAAGUUAAAUAGUAUCACUGGCAGAUCUAACAAGUAAAUCAAAUAUCUGGUAAGUACUUUCAUAUACUUCGACAAGUAAUUACCAAGUGUAAUUACAUAAAAAUACUUACAUUUCAGUAACAUUUUUCAAGACGUUUUAGACGCUGUGCACAGAAAGCAGCUGACUUUACUGCAUUUGAUUUAGCACAUUAUAUUGAUCAAUGUUUCUACACUAUGACAAAGACAGUCAAAAAUGAUGAAAGUGCCUUAAUUCGUUCUGCAGCAUCAUGUCGUUUAGAUUUAAGACGAUGGGGAGCAAAGGAAGAUAAUUACUAUGUUGCUACUGAAGAUGAAAAUCCAACAUGGAUGAUUCCAACACAAAGUUCACCAUGUGUGCUUCUCUUUCAUGAUGAAAGCACUUUCAGAAGUGAUGAUAUAGCAAACAAACGUUGGUUCUUUGGUGAUGAAGCCCCUUUUCAUUCAAAGGGUCGCGGAAGAAAUAAUAUGGUGUCAGGUUAUUUAGUUCAACAUCCAUCUGGGCCGAUCUUUAGUUUAAAUGAAAAAGGGUAUACUAAUGCAAUAAGAAAAUAUCCACAAUUAGGAAUUGAUUAUGCAAAACGUAAGAAAUAUGUUCAUUUGCACUUUCAAAAGUUUUUUUGCAGCUUUUGGGGGAUUUUGUACAGUUUCUAUCGUGUGGCAAAGGCACUAAGUGGCUAGGAGUUUGAACAUAAAGACUCAAAAAAAGGUAACAGGUCGGCUUACACCUUCUCCUGUAAAGGAAAAGAUUAAUUGUAUGAGUUCAACAAUCAUUAUUUUAAAACUUUUAUUUAAAACAGGAGCUUUCGAUUACAACUGUAAUCAUCGUCAGCUACAUUUAAACGAAAAACAC